AUGGAGAAGAAUGUCACGACCAUGAAUGAAUUUCUUUUACUUGGCUUAACAAGUGUCCAGGAACUACAACCAUUCUAUUUUGUGAUCUUCUUAAUCAUUUACAUCAUAAACUUGCUUGGAAAUGGAGCUAUCUUAGUGAUUGUUAUUUUGGAACCUAAACUCCACUACCCGAUGUAUUAUUUCCUAGGAAACCUGUCUUGUCUGGAUAUUUGCUAUUCUUCAGUAACAUUGCCCAAAGUACUUAUAAAUCUCCUCUCCACACACAAGACUAUAUCUUUUCUAGGCUGUAUCACUCAGCUAUACUUUUUUCACUUUCUGGGAAGCACUGAAGCCAUCUUACUAGCUGUCAUGGCUUUUGAUCGUUUUGUUGCCAUCUGCAACCCACUUCGUUACUCUGUCAUCAUGAACCCUCGGACGUGUAUUCUCUUGGCAUCUGUGGCGUGGCUCAUCAGCUUCUUUUACGCUCUGAUGCAUUCUGUCAUGACUGCACACCUGAAUUUUUGCCACUCUCAACGACUCAAUCACUUCUUCUGUGAUGUCAAGCCUCUCUUAGAAGUGGCAUGUAGCAACACACUACUUAAUCAAUGGCUUCUUUCUGUUGUCACAGGCAGUAUAUCUAUGAUAGCUUUCUUUAUGACUCUUCUAUCCUAUUUCUAUAUUAUUGGUUUUCUUUUGAUGAAGAAUAAGUCAUGCAGAAUACUUCACAAGGCCCUGUCUACCUGUGCCUCCCAUUUCAUGGUGGUAUGUCUUUUUUAUGGACCAGUGGGCUUCACAUACAUUCGUCCUGCUUCAACCACUUCCAUGGCUCAGGACAGGAUGGUGGCCAUCAUGUACAGUGCAGUCACUCCAGUGAUGAAUCCACUGAUAUACACUCUUAGGAACAAAGAUGUAAUGUUAGCAUUGAAGAAAUUAUUUUGGAGAAAGUUGUUUAAAGACUAUCAGCAGCACCAUUGGAACUAA